AUGUCACAUCAACCCGGCACUCCCCGCUCAGCGGCCUUCUCUCCCACGCUUGGAAGCAUUCCAGAAGUCUUCGAGUAUGAACCUCUCGACGCCCAAUUCGGUCCUGCUUCACUGAACGACGCGCCCGAGACCCCAGCGGCUUUCUUACCCGAGGUUUCCGACCUGAGUCCGCCGACGCUGACCCGAGCGACGUCGUGGCCCGCCAUCAUCCAGUCACCAUCCCGCAAGGUCGCCUCACCUUUUGCUGUCUCCAAGGCACUGCGCAAAAUUUUGGAAGCCGAUCGCGUCCGACGGAGGCGCAUUAUGAAAGUCUACCUGAAAGCUAUCGUUUUCCUAAAGUACCUCUGGCGCGCUAACGAGCGCUAUGGCAAUGUUAUGGUCACCACCGGCAUGUACAUGCAACGAUGA